GGGUCCGAGUUCCCUCAUCGGGAGCGCGCGUGGAGUCAGCUGCAUUCGUCACGGCGAGACACAUUCCUUCGUGUGUUAAAUGACCCCGAGAAAAUAGAAAAGAAGAUGUUAUUUGAUCUGCGCAUACUCUGCUUCGUGUGUAUAUUCGUCUGACACAUUUACACGAGAGGAAAAAGAAAAGAAGGCGUUCUGGUGUUUCUUCUGGGCAAAAGUUGCUCAGCGAUGUUGCGCUUUUUGGCUCCGCUGCUCGUCGGAUUGUUUUCACAGUCAGUCAGAGUGACAACUGCUUCCAGUUGGAAACAUCCUCUCGCUGUCGUCCACCAUGGAGGUUCACCUCAUUGGAUGAGACAGGGCCGUUCUUUCCGUCCAACGCAGGCUUCAGAACCGCUGAUUGCCCCGGCACGAGCCUCCAGUGUACACCUCUCACAGGAGGAGAUCAAGAAGCUGCGCUUCAAACCCACAGUGGGCACAAUCCAGCGGUCAGAGGGGACAGAGGUCACAUUUAACUGCUCCAUAGACAUCAAUGAUGUGAGCCAGGCUCAGGACCUGAACAUUCUGUGGUAUAGGAAUGGUAAGGAAAUCCCUGAUGGCAUGCAGACGCACAUCAACAUACAUCGGACUUCCAUGUUGCUGUCCAGUAUAAGCAUUAAAAGUGUCCAGAGAGCAGAUGCUGGAGAAUAUCACUGCAGGCUUAGUGUCAGUAACAAGAUCAUUGAGUCAAAUCCCAUCAUUUUAGAGGUGGAAGGCUUGCCGACCUUCACUGUACACCCGAGCGACGUGAACAUCACGAGAAACACUUCCUUCAGGUUGACCUGUGAGGCGGUCGGUCCCCCGAACCCUGUAACUAUUAAGUGGCUUCGAAAAGGCGAGAGUUACGAAGAAGGCACCGAGUCUUCCAGCACCAUCACUGUUGAAGGUGUUGAUGCUCCCACACAGUUCAGCUGUGAAGCUCACAACGAGAAGGGCCUCACAGUGUCCAGAGAAGCUCACAUCAAUAUCAAAGAGCUUCCUGACAAAGUGUCAAAGGUCACAGUAGUAAAACGCGAGGCCAACAAACUCCUCUUGAGCUGGACUCCGGGACAGGAUGGCUUCUCUCCUCUCAGCACAUGCUACAUCACGGUUCGAGAACUCGGCCGUGAGCCGGGAAGUCCUACUGCCGUACACAAGACACAAGUGCCUCCGUUCCAGUAUGAAAUCAGCAACCUCAAAGCCAUGACCUGGUACAACAUGAGUGUGUCCUGCACCAAUGAGAUCGGGUCGUCACCGCCCAGCACUUGGGUCCAGAGCAACACCACAGAGGGCGUUCCAUUGGAGGCCCCCCAAAACUUGACUGUUCAUGUGAACAAUUCCAUGUUGAUGAUCCGAUGGGAAGCUCCGCCCCCUGACAAGUUGAAUGGAAUCUUGCAAAGAUAUGAGGUCACUAUUAAACACGGGACACGUACAAACAAGAUUCACAGUAUCACCACAGAGGCCGCAGUGACCCUGCAGGUGUUCAACACCACAUACAGUGUUGAGGUCGUGGCCUGCACGCAGAGCGGCUGUGGGACCCAAAGGUCGCGCCACUGGCUCUUUAUACCAGACGCUGAAUCGCUCGAAUCUCCAUCCUCGACGCCAGUUUCCAAUCGUUCCGACUCUGUGUACAUUGUGCUUGGAGUGGUUUGCGGGUUCUGUCUGUUGAUGAUAGUGUUGUUUGGCAUGGUGUGGUUGCGCAGUCACACUUUUUUGCUGUGUUUGUUUGGUGCUGAUGACAAAAUCACUCCUAAAGUCGAGUUCAGACCUCAGAGAUCCUACAACCGCUCAGCCAUCGAAAUCACACUUGCCAGUCUGGGCAUUAGCAGCGAGCUUCAGGCCAAACUCCAGGACGUGAUGAUCUUAAGGAACCUGCUGUCCAUCGGUAAAGUCCUCGGAGAAGGUGAGUUUGGAUCUGUGAUGGAGGGAUAUCUCAGACAGCCUGAUGGAGCCUCUGAAAAAGUUGCUGUGAAGACCAUGAAAUUGGAUAACUUCUCCCAGAGAGAGAUUGAAGAGUUUCUGAAUGAAGCUGCUUGCAUGAAGGAUUUUAACCAUCCUAACGUCAUCAGACUCUUGGGUGUUUGUUUAGAAGUGGGCUCAGGACACUUUCCUAAACCAAUGGUCGUGCUCCCUUUCAUGAAGUACGGAGACUUGCAUAGUUUCCUCCUUCGCUCACGUCUCGGGGAAGAUCCUGUGUUUCUCCCUACACAGAUGCUCCUGAAGUUCAUGAUUGACAUCGCUCUGGGAAUGGAGUAUCUCAGCAACAGAAACUUCCUACACCGGGACCUGGCAGCACGCAACUGCAUGUUGCGUGACGACUUGAGCGUGUGUGUUGCUGAUUUUGGUCUGUCGAAGAAAAUCUACAGCGGUGACUAUUACAGACAGGGCCGGAUAGCCAAGAUGCCAGUCAAAUGGAUCGCAGUCGAAAGCCUCGCUGACCGAGUCUUCACAGUGAAAAGUGAUGUGUGGGCAUUUGGAGUGACCAUGUGGGAAAUAGCCACUCGAGGCAUGACCCCAUACCCUGGAGUACAAAACCAUGAGAUUUACGAUUAUCUCCUUGAUGGAAACCGACUGAAACAACCGAACGACUGUCUUGAUGAACUGUACGAUAUCAUGUUCAGCUGCUGGAGCGCAGAUCCGGUGGACCGACCCGACUUCACACAGGUUAGGAAGAGGCUGGAGAAUCUGGCAGGGAAACUUCCCGCGGUGUCCAACAGGAGGGACAUCAUCUACAUCAACACCAGCUUCCCUGAGGAGGAAGAUGAUUUACCCGGCUUGGCGGCGGAGGGCCCUGUGCUGACAUCCUCACCCUCCUGCAGUCACCAAACCACAGACACGUCAGUAGUGACGGCGGACAUUCACGAGAGCACAGACGCAGAGGACGACCGUUACGUAGUUGUCAUAUCCUCUGGGGACCAUGGGGCGAGAACUGCUGUUGAUACGCCAUUAUUGAGUCACGGACUCUUGGAACAGGACUGUGGCGAAACAGUCGGGGACGUGACGGAGACGCAGCAAACAUCUAGUGACAUGACACGUUUGCUCUGACGGAGAAUUGCAUGAUGGGAAUUUAACCAUAUACACUUAUGGUCAGACAAACAGUGCCAAACUCACACCAUUGUUUGAGUUAAUGUCAUUGUGAUGGGCCUGAUGGGAGGCUCAAACAUACAGAUCAAUGUUUUGAAAGCACCACAGAGACGCUGUUACACUUUACAGAGGAAUCAACACAUGAAUGCUUUAAUUAUAGUCUGUAUUAGUGCUGUCAAACGAUUAAUCGCAUCCAAAAUAAGUUUGUUUAUAUAAUAUAUGUGUGUGUGUAUGGUGUAUAUUUAUUAUGUAUAUAUUUAACAAAAAUAUAUUAUAUUAAAACAUUUAUAUUUAUAUAUAAUAUAAAUUAUAUACAAAUAAACAUGUAAAUAUUUCUUAUACGCAUGUAUUUGUGUGCGUACACACACAUAUUAUAUAAACAAACUUUUAUUUUGGAUGCGAUUAAUCGUUUGACAGCACUAGUAUUAAGCGGAGUUACAAGAAAAUAUUUUGACUUCAAAAAAGUUACACACAUCACAGCAAAGUAUGCAAUAAAUUGGAUUUUUCUUUUUACAAACCAUCUCUAAACCACAUCUGCAUGAUUUAAAUCCACCUGACGAGUCAACUGCGUUUUGAAUUAUGGGUGGCACUUCCGGUUUGGGGAACUUCCAUUCAAAAAGACUGAAACGAAUUAUUUAAAAUCAUACAUAAAGCUUAGUAUCCGUCAGUUUGACUGAAUGAGCAGUCAAAUUUACUUCAUGUUUUAUUUUCACGCCCUUUUCACGGGUUUCUCGAAGCGGAAGUCGUCAUAGUUGGGUAAAAUUCUAUGGUGGUAAAUGAGAGAAUACAUUAAAUAUAUUUUUUUGUGUCUCCAUUUUCUCAAAUAGUAAAAGAAAAACUUAACAACAGUGUUUUCACAACUUUCAAAAAGAGGAAAAAAAUAGAGAGAGAUUGAUAACAGCAGUCAGAAGAGAGAAAGAUGUCAACUUUAUACCGUCACUGCCACAGCCGCCCUCACAGCUAGUUUUGUCUUUUGUAAUUUGAUGAAAAGGUAAUACAAUACUAAGUAUAGUGUUAUAAAUGUACAUACAUUUAAAAAAAAAAUGAAAAUAUAAAAAACUUUGCAAGAUUUACGAUGCAGAUUACCGUUAAAGUCUGUGAAACGGGUCCAUAACGUAACGAUUGGUAUUUUAACGUGAUGUCAUAAGAAUAUCUAUGGCAAGAGAUCUUUUUUUAGUAGCUGCAUUCUUUUCCUCGUGAUUAUUUUCUUUUUUCCCUUCGCGUUCUGCUGUAAUAGUAUGAAAAAGGACAACAUACACUGCACAUUUGUGGUCUGGAUAUAUCCAGUUAAUAAUUCACUGGAAUGCAGAAUUCACUUUGAAAUAAUAUCACACAUUGCUGUUAAUGAACAUUUUUGGUUAAGGCAACGUAUGUUACAUAAUACAGAUCUAUAUUACUACAGUGAUAUUUAACCAAAUCCCUUUAAGACGAGUCAUUUCACUCGGCGGCCAUCUUAGAAACGUCUCUCGGACAUCCCAAGUGCAGCUCCUAUCUCUUUGAAUGAGGAAACAUCAAAUUCUCCAAAGCUGUUUGCAAAGCUUUCGAUUAAAUUCAUAUUUGAAAUCAAUGAAAUCUGACAACAUCUGUCUCAUAAAUUCUGUUUCUAAACGCUCGAAUCGAAUCAAAAACGGCAUUUUUCAGGCUGCAUCAAAGCUAAUGCGCAUGUGCAGUCCUAAGAGUGCAUCUGACUGUUUCUAUAGGAACCGGAGCUUCUAACUGUGCGUUCACACCGCCGCCAGCGAGAGCGUCAAAAUUCGCCUUGGCUGCCCUGCCAACAACGCUGUACUGUGCGUUCAAACCGCCGCCGGCAGGAGGGUCAAAGUAAAUGACAAGUUGUGGCAACCAAUCUGAAUUCUCUCAAGCGAGGACCUCUACGUUCCGAUUGGUUACUGCUGAACUGCGUCAUAGCUCAUUACCAUAAAGUUGACCUGACUUCAGCUCUCUUCGACGCUCUCACCGUCCAAGACGCGCCGCGCCGUGCCGCUCUCGCCCGUGGCGGUGUGAACGCACGGCAAUAGCAGCUGCAGUGACGCGAUGACUUUACCAAUCGCCGAUUGGUUUUUAUUUAGAAGGCGGGACUUAUUCCGCCAUAUUGCGCUUUGCACUUUCUCCCAUUCAUAAUAAAACGACUGCACCGUCUUUAUAAAAAUUUAAAGCCUUUGUCUGUUAUUGCUGUGGAAAAAAUCCCCUUUUGGGGUUAUUCAUGGUCUGUUGAAAGUACCUUAUUGAUGCUUUUACACUUUUAAAUGUUUUAAUGUUCGAUGGUUGAAGGAUUAGUAGAAUAAUGUCAUCUCAUUGUACCCAUUUUUUAAAUGUAUUAUUGCGUUCAUAGAGCGAGCCUUUCACUUGAUUGUUUACAGCUUAACGGAAGUUACACCCAUAAUUCGCGCAAAGCGUCAUUUUUUUCCCUUUUUUUUUUUUUUUAAUUAAUACUUUUAUUCAGCAAGGAAACAUUAAAUUGAUCAAAAGUGACAAUAAAGACAUUUAUAAUGUUAUAAAAGAUUUCUAUUUCAAAUAAAUGCUGUUCUUUUGAACUUUCUAUUCAUGAAAGAAUCCUGAAAAAAAUGAAUGUAGCACAACUGUUUUCAACAUUGAUAAUAAUAAAUGUUUCUUGAGCAGCAAAAUCAUCAUAUUAGAAUGAUUUCUGAAGGAUCAUGUGACACUGAAGACUGGAGUAAUGAUGCUGAGAAUUCAGCUUUUGAUCACAGAAAUAAAUUACACUUUACAAUAUAUUAAAACAUAAAUUAUGUUAUUUUAAAUUGUAAUAAUAUUUCAAUUUUUGAUUGUAUUUUUGAUCAAAUCAAUGAAGCCUUGGUGAGCAGAAGAGACAUUUUUUCAAAUUCCUUAAAAAACAUUUGAACAGUAGGCCUAGUGUACAGUAUGUCAGUAGCUAUUGUAACCAACGUCCAAUUUCGUCUCUUGCAAAAUGACAAAUUGAGUGCAGUGUGAACAAAGACAGUCUUCCACAGUUCACUGUCUUUGCCUUAAUGCAUGUUAAUGCGCAGACCUCAAAACUGUGAUGCUACAAAUGUUAUUAAAAAAAAGUAUAUAAAAGUUCUGUAUUUUUCAGAAGUGAUUGUAAUGUAUUUGUCUUCAAAAGUGUUAUAAAAUUAAGCUACAUUGUGAUUUUAAGCUUUUUGUGAACUUUUUUUUUGCGUAGAAUCCUAUUUGUAUAUUAAAAUGCAUUUUGUAAAUAUGAAGGACAAGCUCUUUUCUAUAUGUAGUGUUUUUUUACAUUUUAACUUAGUUAAACUGACAUGAAGAAAAUCUAUGGGAGAAAUGUUCAAAUGUUGUGUGAAGUCAUUACUGUACCUUUAGAUUGAGGUACAAUACAAUAUCUAUGUUAAUUUGAGAUUGUUAUAAAAGUGUGCAAUUUAUUACUGCCAUUAUGAACAAUAUCUUAUUAAAUACUGCUAACAAAAUGA